AGACUCGGAGGUUUGUCAUUGAUGCACGCCGGGGAUGUUGUAACUUGAUUUCUGCAGGUGUAAGAGGGUCACGUUUGUGCUGUAAGCGCGAGAGGAAUUCAUUAAUUUGUUUCAUUCAUCUUUAUCAUCUGGUUUCACACGGACUGGCCAUGCUCAGGACAGUGGUGUCUCGGGCGGGGAGCGGCCUUUUAAAGCAUUCCCGGCAGACCCUGCCUGUGUUGUGGGGGAGCCGAGCUCAGCAGCGAUGGGCUUCCAGUCUCCCCGUGAACACCGUGGUUCUGUUCGUGCCCCAGCAGGAAGCUUGGGUAGUGGAGAGGAUGGGCCGUUUCCACCGAAUCCUGGAACCUGGUCUAAACUUCUUAAUUCCGAUCUUGGACAGAGUUAAAUAUGUGCAAAGCCUCAAAGAGAUCGUGAUAGAUGUGCCAGAGCAGUCAGCAGUUUCCCUCGACAAUGUGACAUUGCAGAUAGAUGGAGUUUUAUAUCUCCGGAUACUCGACCCGUUUAAGGCCAGCUAUGGAGUGGAGGACCCAGAAUAUGCCGUCACCCAGCUGGCACAGACCACCAUGAGAUCAGAGCUGGGAAAACUGACUCUAGACAAAGUGUUCAGAGAAAGAGAGUCCCUGAAUGCCAAUAUGGUCCACUCAAUAAACCAGGCAUCAGACGAAUGGGGGAUUCGAUGUCUUCGAUACGAGAUCAAAGACAUUCACGUUCCUCCACGGGUGAAAGAGUCUAUGCAAAUGCAGGUGGAGGCCGAGCGGAAGAAGAGAGCCACUGUUCUGGAGUCGGAGGGGACGAGGGAGGCGGCCAUCAAUGUGGCUGAGGGGUGCAAACAGGCUCAGAUUCUGGCGUCUGAGGGACAGAAGGCUGAACAGAUCAACAGAGCUGCUGGUGAAGCUAAUGCUGUUUUGGCUAAAGCGGAGGCAAAGGCUAAAGCGAUCCGGCUGCUCUCCGAGGCGCUCACUCGACAGAAUGGAAACGCUGCAGCAUCUUUAACUGUGGCAGAACAAUACGUCUCUGCUUUCUCCAACCUGGCCAAGGAGUCCAACACCAUCUUACUGCCCUCGAACACAGGAGACAUCAGCAGCAUGGUCACUCAGGCCAUGGCGAUUUAUGGGAGUUUAUCGAAGACACCGAGCACAGCAGACAGCGUGAGCCCUGAGACUAAAGAGUUGACUCUGGAAGCAAACACUGUGUCUGAAACUGGAUAUAAAUUAUGAUUUGGGUCUCAUUCUGGGAUAAAAGACCGAAACCGCAAAGAUUCUGGUUGUAGAGGACUGAUGCAGGAAAACUGAAACGAUAAAAUCACUGAAGCACUAUGCCGUCCUGGAGUAACUACACAAGAAAGAUUUCGUUUUUGUUCUGUUAUAAUAAACUUGGAAAAUAGUUUUUUUCUUAUAA